ACUGCCGCCUCCAUGUGCCUCCAGUUGUGAUGCAUUUUCUCUUGUCAGGAUAGUUGUCUGCUGUCUUCUGUUAAUAUCUGAGGUGUAAGUACAGAAAGCAAAGGGAAAAGCAAUGGCCUCUGGAGAUAUUGCUCAGAUUACAGAGGCGCUGGCCAAGACCCAUGUUGGAGAAGUGGAAUUAAGUUAUAAGGGACAAGGACUGAAGUUGGACAAUGCUGAGUCAGUGAAAGAGAUGGUGCAGGAUAUCGAACAGUGUCAGGGGCUGCAGUCUCUCAGAUUGGAGGGAAACACAUUGGGGGUUGAAGCAGCACAGGCAAUUGCAAAGUCUCUUGUAGCAAAAAGGGAAUUGGAGCAAUGCCAUUGGAGUGACAUGUUCACGGGUCGCCUUCGCUCUGAAAUUCCACCUGCUCUGAUAUCAUUGGGCAAUGCUUUGAUGGCAUCAGGGGCCAGAAUGACUCAUCUGGACUUGAGCGACAAUGCCUUCGGCCCUGAUGGUGUAAAGGGAAUUGAAAGCCUCCUGAAGAGCUCUGCAUGCUACACCUUACGUGAGCUCAGGCUUAAUAAUUGUGGCAUGGGCAUUGGAGGGGGUAUGGUCCUUGCUUCUGCUUUGACUGAAUGCCAUAAGCAGUCUAGUGCAGCUGGCUCCCCCCUGAGGUUAAAAGUCUUCAUAGCCGGACGUAAUCGGUUGGAGAAUGAUGGUGCCACUGCACUUGCCAAAGCAUUUAAGUUAUUAGGCAGUCUUGAGGAGGUCCAUAUGCCACAGAAUGGAAUUAACCAUCCUGGUAUCACUGCUUUAGCCACUGCCAUAAAGCACAACCCAAACCUUCAGGUCCUCAACCUCAACGACAACACUUUUACUAAGAGAGGAUCAAUAGCCAUGGCAGAGGCUGUUAGGCACCUCCAGUGUCUUAAGGUCAUCAAUUUUGGGGACUGUUUGGUACGCUCAGAAGGUGCUAUUGCUAUAGCAGGGGCCCUUAGAGAGGGACUGCCAUUCCUCAGGGAGCUGAAUUUGUCAUUUGGAGAGAUUUGCGAGGCUGCAGCUGUGGUAGUUGCAAAGGCUGUUCAGGGCAAAGCUGAUCUGGAGAAACUGGAUCUCAACGGAAAUUGCUUUGGAGAGGAUGGCUGUGAAGCUCUCAGGGACGUGAUGGAGAGCAUGAACAUGAAAGAUCUGCUGAGCUCGCUCAGUGAUGAUGAAGGAGAACCUGAAGAAGAUGAUGAUGAGGAGGAGGAGGAAGAUGAGGAAGAGAGGGAAGAGGAAGAGGAUGUAGAGGAAAAUGGUGUCAAUGGAACAAAAGAUGUAACUGAAGAAAAGGAGGAGCCUCACUGCAGCUCUGAGCUCACGUCCUUCCUCAUCUCCCCGUCAGCUGAGAAACUGAUCUCCCUUGGAGCCAAAAGGAUCCAGCUCAUUGAGCAGCAGGUUGACGUCUCCGAUGCUAGUAAGGUGUCAGAAGUUUUUCUCAAGAUUUCAUCAGUAUACAAAGAUGAACCAGAAGUAAAGCAAGCUAUUUUUGAGAGCACUGAUGCUCUAUUGAGGAAAGCCUUUUCCAACUCCCACUCUCAAUCUUAUAGUUUUAUCUCCUCACUGAUGGUGAACCUGGGACUUUUAAAGAGUGAAGAUAAGAAGAUAAAGAGGGUGACUCUACUGCCUGGACACUUGCUCGCUUUGGAGCACGCAGCUGCGCGGGAUUUCUUCCCAGCAGAUCAGGCUGAUGUUCUGGAAACAUUUGUGUCACGAAAUGGCAAAGUCUUAGAAUCCUGCUGCAGUGCCAGAGAUGCUCUCAAGACCACAUUGGUGAAAAGGACCACUGCUUAAUUCUUAACCCUCAUUACAGAGCCACUGAAAUUACUUAAUACGGGUAAAAAAAAAAAAAAAAAACCUUGACAGGA